AUGUCUGAUAAGCACUUUUGCACAUCACAAGAAGCCAGUGCUUCCAUCAAAUCAGAUGAUGACACCAAUAAAUACACUAAUGAUGCCUUACAGACUGAAAUAGAUUUGAAUAUACAACGGGGGAACCAAUAUGGUAUAAUUGGCGAUCUAUAUGUGUUUAUAUUGAUCAUUCUUUUGGAGAUUUUCGUUAAUUAUGACGUGGGCUCCAUGGCCGUUAUGAUUAAUUUUGUUAAAGAACCUUACAAUUUUUCAGAGACAGAAUUGGGUAUUCUUGGUGCAUUGCCAUUUUUUGGAUUAAUAGUUAUUACUACAUUUUCUGGGAAACUGUUAUUACGAUUUAAAGCACAGUACCUAUGCUCUCUAGGUUUGAGCACUAACUUAGUAGCAAUUGUCAUCUUAGCAGUCGCCUUUCACAAAUCAUUAUUCUACAUUGGUCGGUUUACCAUUGGGAUUACCCAAGCAAUUUUUGUAAUCUACGCCCCAGUAUGGGUUGACACUUACUCCCCACUAAAAUAUCGCACUCUUUGGAUGGGUAUUUUACAGGGCUCUAUCAUUAUCGGCACUGUGUUUGGUUAUGGAAUAACUGCAAUGCUCGGAUCUUUCAGCUCUUGGGGCUGGAGAUAUUCACUUUGCAUCCAGGCUGUAGGCCUUUUUAUUCAGUUUGUUUUGUAUGUAAUACUUCCAGGCAACAAGGUUAAUUUACCCCUCCAUUUGGAAUUUGGUGACAGUAAGUUGAGUACAAUAAUGUCCAAUUCCGAAUUAUCACACAAUGGAACGAUCACUAGAGUUUCCAUGCCUAAUAUUGGGUCUGGAACUUGUGAAAAUCCACAUCGCAGACGAUUAUCAGAUGGUCAGAUUUAUGAAAAGUUUCACAGUCCAUCCAUACUAAGUAUUUCUCAGUAUAAAAUGCACCUUGGUAUCCAGAAUCAAUCAAAAUAUUUGAAUAGUUCAACUGAUGGAAUUGUUGAUAAACCUAAAGCCAUACUUGAGUCUUCAUGCACGUGUAAUGAUUUUUUUGCGCUUUUCAAAAAUGGCAUGUAUGUCCCAAUUGUAAUCACCUUAUGCGCUCUAUACUUCGAACUCACUGGUAUACAAUACUGGAUUACCUCAUAUCUAAUCCGCAUGUGCGAAGUUAGCGAGGUUCUGGUGUAUGUUGUCUUUUCUGUUACAGCUGUUACUUCCCCUACAUUUGGCGUACUUUUUGGUUCGGCAAUUGUGGAUUGUGUUGCUGGGUAUGAUGAAAAUUCGGUUAUGCGUAUAUUAUACAUUUCGUUCUUUUGGUCACUUUUAUGUCUGGGCUGUGGUAUUAUUGUGACAUUCUUCAAGCGCAACUUUUAUGUAUUGGUUACCAAUAUUUGGAUUGUGCUAUUUUUUGGCGGAUGUAUAGUUCCUCCAGCAAUGGUAUUGUCCAUCAAUUCGGUCGAACCCAGGUUACGAGCCUUAGCCUCAAGUGUUAGUGCUGCAAUGUACAAUAUUUUUGGUUAUAUGGCAGGAUCAAUACUACCUGGCUAUGUUGCUGAUAUCGUAGGGGACUUUACUGCUAUUAUCUAUGUUAUUUUUUUGUGGGCGGUUUUCGGCACCUUUGGAAUGUUUGUUUGUAUCUUAGUCAAACUCUACCAGAAGUCUAAGAAAAAUCAUAAUAACGCCAGUACAUGCGUAUGA